AUGCCUAGCAGCAAACUCAUCACAAUAGCAGCUGGGCUUCUUGUCUGUCUCCUGCUGUCUCCUGCGGAUGCCAUUUCAGAUAGAAAGCAGACAAAUGUCUCCAAGGUGUACCUUCCUUCAUCUUUGGGACCCCAACUUCCGUCCUUAGGCUCCUUAUCCUGCCAAACCCUGCUCCCAAAGUCCCUGCCUGGAUUCAACUCCAUGGCCCCUCUACCCAAGUUUCUGGUAGGCCUGGCUCUAAGAAAUGCCCUGGAAGUCGCUGGCUGUCAGUCUGAGGCUUGGGCCCUACAGCUUUGGCUCUUUCGCUUGGGAGGUGUGAAUGCAACACAGCUCCUCAUCCAUCAUCUUCAAGGACUCCAGAAAGGCAAAAGGACAAAGAGGGAAAUCUCAAUGGAAGUCCUGGCCUCAGCUCUGCAGCUGUUAGUCAGGGACCAGCCAGGACCAAAGAGGGCUCCACGCUCCAUCCCCACAGUGGACUGUGACAACCAUCGGGAAAACGAAGUAUACAACAUAAUCAGACUACUGCCAGGAGUGGGAACCUACUACAACUUGGGCACAGCUGUGUAUUAUGCUGUUUGGAAUUGCUCUGAAAAGGCCAAGGAACGAGGCAAAGAGGGGGCCAUAGAUCUGGGCUUUGACCUUCUGAUGUCCAUGGCAGGAGCAUCAGGGGGGCCUGCUGGCAUAGUUAUCAGUGCUGCACUUAAACCAGCUUUGAAGGCUGGGGUUCACCGGCUGAUCCAGUAUUACCAUGCUGAGAAAGAGGUAAACACCACUAGCAUGGAGGGCUUAAGAGGUACAUCAGAUGUGAGUGACUGGGAAGAGACAAUUACCAUGGCUCCUUUGAUAGCAGAAGUAGUAAGUUCACCUCCCUCCUGGGCCUGGGCCUUAUUCAAGAGCUAUGGCUUAGAUCUUGAGGCUGGGAGUUUUGGGGUAUAA